GCGAUCAUAAUGGUGAACAAUAUGGAUCACGGUUUGCCCAAGUUUUUUCUCUUAGGUUAUGAUGAUUGAAAGAUCAUGAUGGAAGCACAUCUCUACGCUCUACAUGACUGCAUAUGGAUGGUGCUUGAGGAUGGACCCUUAAAAAUCCAAAUGGAGAAUCCUGAGAGGAAUCCAGCAACUCCUGAUGUGAUCCAGUACAUUCCAAAGCCCAAGGAAAAAUGGGAUGAUAGAGAUUGUAAAAAGCACAAUCUGGACAACGUCGCCAAAGCAGCCAUCUUCAAGACACUUGAUCCCAUCACCUUCUCCAAAAUCAAGCAUCUCAAGGCUGCCAUGGAGAUAUGGCAAGGUCUUGGGAAGCUAUGUGAGGGAUCAGAGGACUUGAGAAAGCAGAAGAUAGAAGUCCUACUUGAGAAGUUCAAAGGAUUCAAAAUGCUUCCCGGAGAAUCAUUUGAUAUGUUGGAUGAAAGGUUCCACAAAAUCUUGAAUGAUCUUGCCUCACUUAACCACGUUCUUUCUCCCAAAGAAAAGAAUGUAAGGUUGCUGAGAUCACUCCCAACUGAGUGGUACACCAAAGCCACAGCCAUGGAAGAAGGAAGAAACCUGGAAAACUACACUGUUCAAGGUCUCCUUGAUGAACUCAGAACCUAUGAGCACGAGCUGAAAAAGAAGAAGGAAGAACAAGUCACUCCCUUCCCCACGGCAUUGAUGACAACUUCAAGAAUUCCAUCAAACAAUCACUUCACAACUUGGGACCAGCUUCACGGCGAAUUUCUCAAGCGAUUCUUUCCGCCUUCCAAAACCACAAAGAUCAGGAGAAUGAUCCAAAAUUUCAAGCAAAAUCCAAACGAGCCCCUUUACGAGGCUUGGGAAAGAUUCAAAGAUCUCCAAAGGCAAUGCCCACAUCACAAUAUCCAAAGCUGGCACUUAAUGACGACUUUCUGUGAAGGCCUAAAUGAAAACUCACGGAUAUUGUUUGAUGCCUCGGCGGGCGGAUCAUUCAUGAGCCUUGAACUUGACGAAGCUGAAGAACUCAUUGAGCGGAUCUCAACAAACGGAUCUACCUGGUACUCUCACCGUCCAUCCGCUCAACCGAAAAUUGGAGGCAUGUACGAAGUUGAUCAAAUGUCGGCCAUGGCUGCUAAGGUCGAUAGCAUGAUGAGCAUGAUCCAAAAGAUUGCUCAAGUCUCUGCUGUGCAAAACACUACGCCAGCACCGCCUCCUGUUCCUGUUCUCUUGUGUGUAUCCUGUGGUGGACAACAUGAUCAAUCUUCAUGUCCAUGGGAUGCAAUGGAGCAAGUUGAUAAUGUCAAUUACUACCAGCCGCAGCAACAACAAAGUCCAUUUGGUGGAUUUAAUUCUCAAAACAGAAAUCAUCCUGGUUUCUCUUGGAGUAAUCCUAGUGGAGCUGCCAAUCCACAAGCUUAUCGGAGUUCACCACCCGGCUUUCAAAAUCAACAACAACAACAAUUUAGAGGUGUCCAAGGUUUUGCUAACAAUCAACAAUUUAAGCAAAACCAAAGCUUCCCCUAUGUUUCCAAUCAACAAAAGCCGAUUCUGCCAACUCCCGAAACAACAUCAGUUCCCGGAUUGGACAACAUCGUUGAUCAACUCCUCAAAUCUCAAUUGGCCCAAGCUGAAACUUUGAAGCAGAUAACACAAGAGCUCACUCAACUUCGAGCUCACAAUAGGAUGCUUGAAAAUCAAAUUUCUAAUCAAGCAUCAACAUCCUCAACAAAGGUGACCGGAAAGUUGCCAGCUUGUGCUGAAAACCCAAGAGAGCAAAUGAAUGCAGUUACUAUUUGGAGUGGGAAACAAUUUCAAUCUCCUCUCAUUCUGAGUAGUGAUCCCGAUGAUGAAAUAAGGGAGGAUGCAAAGGAAGAACCUCAAAACAAAGUAAAAGGAGAUGCUGCUGAAAUGUUGCAGGAGUCAAUCCAGAUCAAAGAAGGAAAUAAGAAAGAAGAUGAGGGUUUAAUAAGGAAAUAUGCUUCACCAAUUCCUUUUCCAAACCGAUUGAAGAAAUCACACGUGGAGGAAAGAAGAAGCAAGUUCUUAAACCUUAUCAAGCAAUUGGAUAUCUCUAUUCCAUUGCUUGAUGCCAUCACCGAAAUUCCUUCAUAUGCCAAAUUUCUCAAGGAGAUCUUAACAAAGAAGAAGGAAAAUCCUCUCAUGGUGGCCAUGAAUCAAGACGCAGAUCUCAAAGAAAUAAGCAAAUCAGUGCACAAGACUCUGGAGAUUAUCUCUCUAUUGAGUGAAACUGUGAGCAACACGAUGGAAAUAUAUGCCUCUGACAGUCAACUUCAACUCAAAGAGAUCAACAAAGUCAAAGAGCAAAUAGCGAGUGUCACAGUUAGUCUCCAAAAACAGAUGUCCCUUCUCCAAAUGGACAUCAGAUCAGCCCUAGCAGUAGCUUCUGCAAAUCAGGUAGUGACCAAAGACUACUUGAAGGUGAUCAUUGACAAUCAAAAGGAAGCAUACAAGCUGUUCAGACUUAUUGGCGCAAAUUCUGGAAACCGCAAGAUGGAACACGGCUCAGGACUGGAUGGAAUAGAAUUUAUAGGUACAAUUGUUGACCACUUCUCAAAUGAUGCUCAAUCAGAAGAGAGACGUGAAAAUUUAAGGCGCAUCAAAGAACUGUGUGGGAACAUGAAGGGCAUCAGUGAGGUUGCCGGAUCUUCAAAGCGCAAGAGAAACUGAAGGUUCUUUUCAUCAAAACAGGGGGAAAGGGGAACUUAACUAGUUUUGGCUAAUAAUUGUUUUGGCUAUGA